AUGCCGCACAGUGCCUCGUCGUCGGACGAGUCAACCGGGCCAGGGACUCCGCCUCCAGGGGAUGAUGUGAGCAUGCUGCAAGAAGAAGCAUGGGCAAAACCUCAUACGUUUCAUACACUCGAGAUGCAACGGCGAUUCAUGAAGCCAUCCAAGACAGAGUGGGAUGUGCCUGCACUCCGAGACAUCUCGCGGCCACAUAUCGAGAGUUUCAAUGCACUCUGGUCAGACGACCCAUCGCUCGAUGCACCUGGCACUGGAGAUAAGCUGAGCAUGGACAGCGGCGGUCUGUUGGAGCGCAGUCUGCAAACGCUAUCGCCACGAGUCGUGUUUGACGGCAGUGGCGAAGGCGCAGACCGCGGACAUCGACUUGAAAUGCGCAUUGAUUCAGUCUCGUUAAGCCGGCCUAUGGUGCCGGACCGGGCGAAAGAUGCCCUGGAUCGGCGCGUGUUCCCGGACGAGUGCCGGAACCGACUUGUGUCGUAUCGCGGGCGACUCACAGCACGAGUGACAUGGAGCGUUGACUAUGGGCCAGAGCAAAGUGAGAUCCGCGACAUGGGACAAGUCCCUAUUAUGGUGGGCUCGAAUCGGUGUCAUUUGCGAGGACUGACAUCGAGUGAACUUGUGGCGAAACACGAAGAGCCGAACGAGAUGGGCGGUUACUUUAUCAUCAACGGCAACGAGCGUCUUAUGCGGUUUCUGAUCCUCGCGAAGGCAAACCAUGUCAUGGCGCUGGAGCGGCCGUCGUUCACGCGGCGCGGUCCAUCGUACACGUCGAAGGCAUGCUCGAUCCGAUGCGUGGGUCGGCACGAUCUCAUGAGCAUCACCAACUCAGUCCACUACCUCGACAAUGGGGGAGUGACACUCCGAUUCAGUUGGCGGAAACAAGAGUACAUGGUGCCAGUCGUGAUGGUGCUCAAGGCACUUGUCAGUGCGACGGACAAGGAGAUCUUUGCAUCCAUCGUACAAGCCGACACAAGCAACACAUUCUUGACGGAUCGUGUCGAGCUGCUUCUGCGCAGCUUCAAGCAAUAUGCACUCUGGACGGGCGAGCAGUGCCUCGAGUACCUGGGCGACAAGUUCCGUGUUGUGAUGCGUGCGCCAGAGGACUGGAGCCACGCCCAGGUUGGCGAAGAGCUGAUCAACCGACUUGUGCUGACGCAUCUCGAUAUGCCACGCGACAAGUACCGCCUGCUCGUGUUCAUGAUCCGCAAGCUGUAUGCCUUUGUCGCUGGCGAGUGCUGUGCAGACAACCCGGACAGCCCGCAGCACCAGGAGGUGCUAAUGCCCGGCUUCUUGUAUGGCGCGAUCAUCAAAGAACGCCUGGACGAGUACCUCAUCAAUGUACGCAGUGUCAUAGCGCGCGACGUACGCAUGCACGCGAAGGAGUGUGACUUUUUCGACGCGCGGUAUGUGCAGCGUGUGCUUGCGAAGGUGAAUGGCGACAUCGGCACGCGGCUCUCGUCGUUCCUAGCGACCGGGAACUUGUCGUCGCCGUCCGGCCUGGAUCUGCAGCAGGUCGGUGGCUUUACGAUCGUGGCGGAGAAGCUCAACUUUUACCGGUACGUGUCGCAUUUCCGCAGUGUGCACCGUGGCGCGUUCUUUGCCGAGCUCAAGACGACCACCGUCCGCAAGCUGCUUCCAGAGGCCUGGGGCUUUCUUUGCCCAGUCCACACACCGGAUGGCAGUCCGUGUGGCCUGUUGAACCACUUUUCCCACACGUGCCAGCUCACGACGCGCGACUUGGACGUGGCCCACAUCCCAGCGCUGCUGACGUCGCUCGGUAUGACAGAAGGUGUCGCGACGCAGAUCAGUGCACAGACACAUGUGUGCGUGCAGCUGGACGGCGUUAUGCUGGGCUAUGCGACGCCGGCGCUCGCGCGGCACAUGGCCACGGUGCUGCGUGUGUGGAAGACGGAGGGACUGCACGCGGUGCCGCUGGAUCUCGAGAUCGGCUUCGUGCCGACGUCGCAUGGCGGGCAGUACCGGGUCGUGUAUCUGUUCAGUGGCCGCGCCCGGAUGAUGCGCCCUGUGCGCUACCUGUUCAACGGCCGCGAGGGACCAUGUGGGUCCGUUUGA